ACCAGACCAAGACCCCUAGAGAGUUUAGAAAGCUAGAAAAGAAAACCCCCCAAGCACUCGAUACCCUCUGCAGAUCGCCAGCCAUGUCAGGAGUCGGACCAAUCUCACAGGACUGGGAACCCGUCGUAAUCCGGAAGAAGGCACCCAACGCCGCCGCCAAGAAGGAUGAGAAAGCCGUCAACGCUGCUCGCCGUGCCGGCGCCGAGAUCGAAACCGUCAAGAAAGCUACUGCUGGACUUAACAAGGCUGCCUCCAGCAGCACUUCUCUAAACACAAGGAAGCUCGAUGAGGAAACAGAAGUUCUUGCUCAUGAGCGUGUUCCAAGUGAGCUGAAGAAAGCUAUUAUGCAAGCUCGUAUGGAUAAGAAGCUUACUCAGGCUCAGCUUGCACAAAUUAUCAAUGAGAAGCCUCAAGUGAUCCAAGAGUAUGAAUCCGGGAAAGCUAUUCCAAACCAACAGGUAAUUGGCAAGUUAGAGAGAGCUCUGGGAGCUAAACUGCGGGGAAAGAAAUAAAGAAGCCUGGAAAGAGACGGAGGAUGCUUGGCUAUUUAGUUUGAACUAAUCAUGUUUUGCACUGCUAUCUUUAGUUUAAGUUUGAACUAAUUUGCUGCACCUCCACCUGUAUUUAUCUUCCAAAAGGUUGUGUGUUUGGUGCAGGAAGUACCUGUGUUUUUAAGAAUAUUUAUGAAAUGACCAAUAUGCAAACAAUUCUGCUAGAUCUGUCUUGCCUUGCCUUGCUCUGUGUACUUGCGUGCUUGUACUAUUUUAUGUGUAAUCAUUUGGUGCAAAAGAUUUGAUACUUAGUGGUGAAA